AUGGACUGUGGAGACAAGGGCGAGGAAAUAAAACAUAAAGCUCCAGAUCCUCCACUGUUUGGUCGUAAGUCGAUGCUCCUGGUGGCUCUGCUCAGCUCCACCGUGCUGGGAGUGGCCUCGGCGUUCUCCAGCUCCUACGUGAUGCUUGCUGUCUGCAGGGCGCUCUGUGGCGUGGCCCCCAGCGGACUCUCCAUCAUCGGGGUGGUCCUCUGCUCAGAAUGGACAGACGUGAAGCACCGGACCUUCACCGGCACCAUCAUGAGUUUGUCGUGGAGUUUGGGGAACAUGUUCCUGGCUCUGCUGGCCUACUUCCUCCGGGACUGGAGACACCUGACGCUGGCCGUGACCGCGCCCUGCUUCAUCGCCAUCAUCCUCUGGUGGUGGCUGCCGGAGUCAGCACGAUGGCUGCUGGUCAACGGCAGAACAGAGGAAGCCAAGAAGUAUCUGGAUCAGUGCGCUCAAAUGAACCAGAAGAAUGAGAACAUUUCCAGACUGGACUCUGAGGCUCUGGGAAAAGUGGCUUGGACUGAGGGGUCCGAGAAGAACCACUCCUACCUGGAUCUGAUCAAAACCCCCCAGCUGAGGAAGAUCACCCUCUGCUCCGGACUGUUCUGGUUUGCAGUUGCCUUUCUGUAUUACGGGAUCAGCUUCAGGAUUUCAGGCUUCGGCGUCAGUAUCUAUCUCACGCAGUUCAUCUACGGCGCCAUCGAAGUUCCCGCCAAAAUCCUGACCUUCUUCGUCCUGGACUGGAUCGGCCGGAGGAACAGCCAGGCGUGGUUUCUGAUCACAACGGGAGCUCUGAUUGGAGUAAACACGGCAUACCUUUAGGUGACAUACUACUCUGUGCUUCGUACGUGCAUCGCUGUGGUGGCGAAGGGUUUCUCAGAGGCGGCGUUCACCACAGCGUUUCUUUACUCAACUGAACUCUACCCAACCAUCUUGAGGCAGUGUGGUUUAGGCUACACCUCGUGUGUUUGUCGGAUCGGGACCGCUCUGGCUCCGAUGAUCAUGCUGCUGGAGGACUUCUGGCUUCUUCUGCCGCCGCUGAUCUUCGCAGGAACGGGAAUCAUCAGUGGCAGCCUGGUCUUCAUGCUCCCAGAGACGCUCAACAUCCGUCUACCUGAGAACAUCUUUGACGUGGAGGAGGGAAGGCACAGGCAGAGUGAAGCAAACAGAGACGCUAAGAUUGAGCUUAAUGAAAUAAAGUCUAAUGAAGUAACAGCAUCAAAGGACAACUGA